CUGCGCCGAGCGGCGGGGGUCGGGCGUGCGCGCGGGCGCGGCGCGGGCGCGCGGGGGGCGGCGACAGCGCGCGGAGGUGUGCGGCGCUCCGCGGCCACGGCAGAUCUCGCCAGCCCCGCCAUGGCCACCACGGUCACCUGCACCCGCUUCACCGACGAGUACCAGCUCUACGAGGACAUUGGGGCGCGUUCUCCGUGGUGCGCCGUUGCGUGAAGCUCUGCACCGGCCAUGAGUACGCGGCCAAGAUCAUCAACACGAAGAAGCUGUCGGCCAGAGACCACCAGAAGCUGGAGAGAGAAGCCCGGAUCUGCCGCCUUCUGAAGCAUUCCAAUAUCGUCCGCCUCCAUGACAGCAUCUCCGAGGAAGGCUUCCACUACCUGGUCUUCGAUCUGGUCACCGGCGGGGAGCUCUUUGAGGACAUUGUAGCCAGAGAGUACUACAGCGAGGCUGAUGCCAGCCACUGCAUCCAGCAGAUCCUGGAGGCUGUGCUGCACUGCCACCAGAUGGGGGUCGUCCACAGAGACCUCAAGCCCGAGAAUCUGCUCCUGGCCAGCAAGUGCAAAGGGGCUGCCGUGAAGCUGGCGGAUUUCGGGCUGGCCAUCGAGGUGCAGGGCGACCAGCAGGCAUGGUUUGGCUUCGCAGGCACGCCUGGCUACCUGUCCCCGGAGGUCCUGCGCAAGGAGGCCUACGGCAAGCCAGUGGACAUCUGGGCCUGCGGGGUGAUCCUGUACAUCCUGCUGGUGGGCUACCCGCCCUUCUGGGACGAGGACCAGCACAAGCUCUACCAGCAGAUCAAGGCCGGCGCUUACGACUUCCCGUCCCCCGAGUGGGACACGGUGACCCCCGAAGCCAAGAACCUCAUCAACCAGAUGCUGACCAUCAACCCGGCCAAGCGCAUCACCGCGCACGAGGCCCUCAAGCACCCGUGGGUCUGCCAACGCUCCACAGUGGCCUCGAUGAUGCACAGGCAGGAGACCGUGGAGUGCCUCAAGAAGUUCAACGCUCGGAGGAAGCUCAAGGGCGCUAUCCUCACCACCAUGCUGGCGACGAGGAACUUCUCAGUGGGCAGACAGACCACCGCUCCAGCCACAAUGUCCACCGCGGCCUCCGGCACCACCAUGGGGCUGGUGGAACAAGCCAAGAGUCUACUCAACAAGAAGGCGGACGGAGUCAAGCCCCAGACCAACAGCACCAAAAACAGCGGAGUGGCCACCAGCCCCAAGGGGACGCUUCCUCCUGCUGCCCUGGAGCCUCAAACCACCGUCAUUCAUAACCCCGCCGACGGGAUCAAGGAGUCUUCCGACAGCACCCACACCACCAUUGAGGAUGAAGACACAAAAGCCCCGCCUGUCGCCGUCCGCCUUGCGUCUGUCUGCCCCCUAUGUCCCCCUCUGUCUGUUCACCCAGCCCCCAGGAUCUCUGACCUCCUGAGCUCUGUGAGAAGGGGCUCGGGGACCCCAGAAGCUGAGGGCCCCCUGCCCAGCCCGUCCCCCAGGAUCUCUGACCUCCUGAGCUCCGUGAGAAGGGGCUCAGGAACCCCAGAAGCUGAGGCCCCCCUGGCCUGCCCGUCUCCAGCUCUCCCUGGCCCCCCACCUACCCCGACGAGGAAGCAGGAGAUCAUCAAGAUCACGGAGCAGCUCAUCGAGGCUGUCAACAACGGCGACUUCGAGGCCUACGCGAAAAUCUGCGACCCCGGCCUGACCUCAUUUGAACCUGAAGCUCUGGGCAACCUGGUGGAAGGAAUGGACUUUCACAGAUUCUACUUCGAGAACCUGCUCGCCAAGAACAGCAAGCCCAUCCACACGACCAUCCUGAAUCCGCACGUGCACGUGAUCGGCGAGGACGCCGCAUGCAUCGCCUACAUCCGCCUCACGCAGUACAUUGAUGGCCAGGGCCGGCCCCGAACCAGCCAGUCCGAGGAGACCCGCGUGUGGCACCGCCGUGAGGGCAGGUGGCAGAACGUGCACUUCCACUGCUCGGGCGCGCCCGUGGCGCCGCUGCAGUGAAGGUGAGCGCGCCGCGGCCGGCGGGGCGGGGAGGGCGGCUGCCGCUGACCUGUCCCCUUUCCAGAGCUGCACCGCUGUCGCGGGACAGAUGGAUGUUUGGAGCCAGCCGCCCUCGGGCGCAGGCCUGCCUGUCGCAUGUUUGUGUCUGCCUCGUUCCUCCCCUGGUGCCCGUGUCUGCAGAAAACCAAGACCAGACGUGAUUUCUUUUUAAAAACAAGAUGACAGCGACAACCACAAAAAAUUUCAUGCUGGAUGAAAUGGGGAAAGAAAAAAAAACACUUCACAAAGGAAAAGCUGUAAAAGUCACUGGCAUUUGUGGGACUUGCAACCGACUGGCUGCUCCCUGCCCGAGCUCCACGUGUGUCCGUCCGCCCCUGGCCGCCGGGGAUAGCCGGCUGUGAACUCGUCCAGGGCCUGUGGCGUGGUGUGGUGCCCACCCCGGCACCCGCAGCACCCCCUCCCCCGCCUGCAUGGCUGCCAUCAGAAGUCAGCUGUUGUCUGGGCGGGGCUACGGGGUCCCCCCAGCUUCCCUCCCCUUCCUCCCCACGCCCGGUGUGGCCAGGUCCUUCUGGGGGCGGGAGGUGCAGAGAGGACUCGCCUUAGCUCCACCAUUGGCCUGCAGUCCUGCGGGCAGGGCCCGUGUACUGGCCUCACACCUGUUGGGGGACUUUCCCUUCUCUGCUGCCCCUCCCCAGCCCAGGGGGUCCCGAGUUCCCAGGGCCGGAAGGCCGUGCUAAGGAGGGGCAGGCAGGUGACUGCUGAGGUGGCAUUUGGAGUCUAGCGGCAGUGGGGAGCUGCUGCAGGUUGAGAAGGACAGAGGGAAAAGGGGAGCUGGGUCACCCUGGGCCUUGCAUGCCCCGCGCACUGUGGGGACGGUGAGGCUGCCCUUGGGGUCAGUCGGGGAUGACGGCUGCAGAGAUGUGGGUUCCUCCUGCCUGUGCCUACCCCCACCCCCCAAAUCACUUCAACAAGGAUUUUCUUUCUCUUGCCCCACAAAUCAAGCCAAGCUUGGGAGGGACACAGCAUGGGGACAGGACAUGGGGAUGCUGACUUCUGAGGGGACUGUCCACCGACAGACAUGGACACUCAUGCCUGCCACGGCUGUGCUCAGGACAGCCGUCUCCCCCACCCCCCAUGGACACAGGGUAAACAUCCGACAGGGCUUGCCACGGACAGCGUGGGGCCUGGCCACCCUCACCUCCUGGGGCUCCUCCCUGCUCCCACCCACUGUUGUCCCCACAGACCUGCCUGUCUGGGAUCGUUGGGGACUUUCUGGGGACAGUUCUUUUGCAUGACCCCUCCUGAGCAAGCCACACCACUCUCCUCGCUCGAUGUCUGCGGUGUGGCGCGGCGGUGCUGGCCUGCCCAGGGCCAGCUGCCCGCGGUGCUGGCCAGCCUUCCCUCUUCUCUUUUUGCUGAGUUUCAUUGUCUUUUCUUUCUGAGCCUUGUAAGUGUACAAAAAUUAUUUUGUCCUGUCUCGGGAAACUGCAAAUAAAAGAAAAACAAGGACAAAG